AUGAAUCACCUUUGGAGUAAUCUGCCCCAGGUGCCUCAGGCUUCAGUCUUCCAACAAAAUCAACAAGGGGGAAUCCUAGCCAAGAAUCCUCAAGCUCUUGUGUUCCAGCCAAGUGAUCAGCAGUUUUUGACACCACAGUAUAGACAACAAGGAUCGACUCCAGCCAAGAAACAAGCUCUUGUGUUCCAGCCAAGUGAUCAGCAGUUUUUGCCACCACAGUCUGUCCAACAGCAAAAACGACAACAAGGAUCGACUCCAACCCAGAAACGAGCUCUUGUGUUCCAGCCAAGUGAUCAGCAGUUUUUGCCACCACAGUCUGUCCAACAGCAAAAACGACAACAAGGAUCUACUCCAGCCCAGAAACAAGCUCUUGUGUUCCAGCCAAGUGAUCAGCAGUUUUUGCCACCACAGUCUGUCCAACAGCAAAAACGACAACAAGGAUCUACUCCAGCCCAGAAACAAGCUCUUGUGUUCCAGCCAAGUGAUCAGCAGUUUUUGCCAUCACAGUCUGUCCAACAGCAAAAACGACAACAAGGAUCUACUCCAGCCCAGAAACAAGCUCUUGUGUUCCAGCCAAGUGAUCAGAAGUUUUUACCUCAUCAGGCUUUGCAACAGCAAACUCCCCAGUUUUCUCAGGCUUUUCCACCCAAGCAGCCAGUGGUGCAGGCAGAGCCUCUUGACAAGUGUAUUGUAGCUGAUUAUGAGCAGAUCCAAUGUGGACAACCUGGUGUCAGUGCUGCAGAGUGUGAAGCUAUAAACUGCUGCUUUAAUGGACAGCAGUGUUACUAUGGGAAAGCAGUGACCGUCCAAUGUAUUAGAGAUGGACAGUUUGUGGUUGUUGUGGCUAGAGAUGUUACGCUGCCUCAACUAAGUCUGGAUACGGUCCGUCUGUUGGGUGGAAAUGACCCACCUUGUGCUCCAGUUGGCUCCACACCUUCCUUUGCCAUUUACCAGUUCCCUGUCACAGCUUGUGGCACAAGCAUGAUGGAGGACAAUGGAUUUGUGGUGUAUGAGAACAGAAUGACUUCAUCCUAUGAAGUGGGGAUUGGACCACUUGGCUCCAUCACAAGGGACAGUCAUUUUGAGUUUCUCUUCCAGUGUAGGUAUUCUGGCACUGCUGUUCAGGCUCUUGUUGUGGAGGUCAAUACUGUUCCACCACCUCCACCUGUAGCUGCUCCUGGACCCCUCAGAGUGGAGCUUAGACUGGGGAAUGGACAAUGUGUCACUAAAGGAUGUGCUCAAGAGGAUGCAGCAUACACUUCCUACUACAGUGACUCCGAUUACCCAGUCACAAAAGUCCUGCGAGAACCGGUGUAUGUUGAGGUGCACAUUUUGGAGAGGACCGACCCCAAUAUUGUCCUGACCCUGGGACGUUGCUGGGCAACCUCAACCCCUGAUCCCCUCAGCCUACCUCAGUGGGACCUUUUAGUUAAUGGAUGCCCUUACCAAGAUGACCGUUACCUUACCACUCUGGUUCUUGUGGAUGGUUCCUCUGGUCUCCAGUUCCCAACCCACUACAAGCGCUUCAUUGUGAAGAUGUUCACAUUUGUGGAUCCAGCAUCACUAGCACCUCUGCAGGAAACCGUGUUCAUCCACUGUAGUACAGCAGUAUGCAAUCCCUCUUUCACUGGCUCCUGUGAGCAAAGCUGCAACAGGCGACGAAGGGAUGUUCAUCUCAAGACCACUUCUAGUGGGGAAACCGUUUCUAGUGGAGAAGUUAUUCUGGUUUCUUUUUAA